CCGUGCGGGCGCCAACGCGAGCGCGGCUCUGUUGUUGUUCAUCGCUCGCCGAUACCGCUGCGAGCACGCUGCUCACUCGCUUACCCAUGACACGUUUCAGUGACGAACUGUUCUAUGAAAAUGAUCUGUAAAACGCGCGCCGUGUACCGGCUCUGAAUGGACUCGAACGUUAUUAAGCUGGCCGGCCCGGGGCACUCGAACAAAAUGUUUUAUGGAAGUGCGCCGGACUCUGAAUGCUGAAGGUGUCGGUGUCAAGUGCUUGCGUAAAAAACUAUGCUGAGAGUUGGAGUGUCGAAGAAUUUUAGGAGACGAAAAUUAAAGUGAUCGGUGUUCCUGGAACAAGGUGGAACGUUCGUGUGAUGUGCGAAGUGCGGCUGUAGACAAGCUGUCGAGAGCCGACAAGCUGGGGCCCCACGAGGCGCACGACGCCUCCGCACAAGCUCUACAAGUGCAGAAUAUGACCUCCACAAUGGGAAUAAUGACACUCAGCCGCGGCCCGUGUGAGCUGGUGGACAACAUGAGUCUGUUCCAAGACCUCAAACUAAAGAGGCGGAAAGUUGACUCCAGAUGUAGUAGUGAUGGCGAGUCAGCCGCCGACACCAGCACGUCGUCGCCGGACCCGAGCCCGCCGUCGCCGCGCAUGGCGGAGGCGGGCUGCAGCACGCCGCCGCACCCGCCGCCCGUGUUCGACGGCGGCGGCUCUCCGUCGCCCUCGCCCAGCUCCUGCAGCCACCAGUCCGUCAUCCGCUCCGCUCCGCAAUACUCCGUCAUUAAAUUCGAAGGCACGCCGCCUUCUAUCAAGACGGAAGGCUUCCAACCUAACAAAUACCAAGAAACCAAUAUACCCUCCCCCAUUCAAGUCAAGGUGGAGAGCACCCCGCAGGAGCUCCCGCAAUCGUACAGACCCCGGUCUAUCGCUACUGCUCUACCAAACUCGCACACGAAUAUCGCGCCGAGCCCCUGGCCGGCUGCUGCCUGCCUUAAUGGUGUAAAACCAGAGCUAAUAGGCGGACAUUUCCCACCGCAACCGCACGACCCCAAAACUGGAGAGAGGCGAGGUGCGCCAUGGAGAGGCGCUCCAACGGUUAUAAUGGGCGAGUCGGGUGGUGUUCGAACGAUGUUCUGGUCUUUGCCCACGCCCUCUUCGAGCGGGGAGUCAUCAGCGAGUUCAUCUCACACGCCCACCCCACCUACUCCCGAGCCUGCCACGUGUAGUGAAGAGUCAGCUGCGCGUUUGCUGCUCAAUCUCGGUGGAGAGUUAAGGCGGCCACGAGGACCAGCGCUAAACAUGGAGUUGUUAUGGGCUGGGGAUAUGACCCAGCUGCCCGCUCAUCAGCAGAUGCAUGCAUUGAAUCUGAGCGCUGCGGCAGGCAGCUUGCCGGGCGGGUCGGCAGCAGCGGGCGCCAGCUCUCCUCUGACGCUCCCUCGGCCAGAACUCCGGGCAUAUGCCCCUGAAGCUGAGCGCGAGGAGGAUGAACAACCCAUGAUUUGCAUGAUUUGUGAGGACAAAGCGACAGGACUGCAUUACGGCAUAAUUACGUGUGAAGGUUGCAAAGGUUUUUUCAAAAGGACUGUACAAAACCGACGCAUUUACACGUGUGUUGCGGAUGGUGGCUGUGAAAUUACUAAGGCACAACGCAAUAGAUGUCAAUAUUGCCGGUUUAAAAAGUGUAUUGAGCAGGGAAUGGUUUUACAAGCGGUACGCGAGGAUCGGAUGCCUGGUGGCCGAAAUAGUGGAGCUGUCUAUAAUUUGUACAAGGUGAAAUAUAAGAAGCACAAGAAAGCCCACAAAGCAUCGACGACAACGAGUCGAGCGUCGCCGCCGGAGAAGCCGAAAGAUCCCCUACCUCCACUCCCACCGCACCUGGUCAACGGGACCAUCCUUAAGACUGCAUUAACCAACCCAAGCGAGUAUCCUUUGCAGGUGGUUCAUUUAAGAGCACGCCUUGAAAGCGCCGUGUCAUCAUCUCGAGAUCGUGCUGUCCCUUUAGAGAGGGCGUUACACAUGAUCCGGACACUGAUAGAGUGUGAUGCCAUGGAGGACAUAGCCACAGUGAGGCAUUUACCAGACUUGCUCCAUGACACGUCAGAAAUUGGCGACAAGUUAUGCAAGAUCGGGGACUCCAUCGUACACAAAAUGGUAGCUUGGACGAAGAAGCUACCAUUUAUAAUGGAGAUUCCUAUGGAAGUCCACUCAAAGUUAUUAAUGGAGAAGUGGCAUGAGAUCUCAGUGCUGACCACGGCGGCGUACCAGGCGAUGCAUGGAAAGAACGCACAUGUGCCGCCGCCGGAUCAAGAAUACGACUUUAUGCAAGAGGUGAACGCAAACCUGCGGACGCUGCAGACGUGUCUGACGUCACUGAUGGGUCGGCCCAUCACGCUGGAGCAGCUGAAGCUUGACGUGGGGCUGGUGGUAGAAAAGAUGACCCAGAUCACCUGCGUCUUCCGCCGCAUUCAGCUCCGCAUGGAGGAGUAUGUUUGCCUCAAAGUCUACAUUCUGUUGAACCAAGAGGUCGAGCUGGAGGGCAUCCAGGACCGCUACGUGCAAGUGCUGCGGAGCUACCUCGAGCACGCGGCGCCGCACCACCCGGGCCGGCUGCAGGAACUCUUCGCCAGGAUACCUGAGAUCCAGGCCGCAGCGAGCCUGCUCCUGGAGAGCAAGAUGUUCUACGUACCUUUCGUCCUGAACUCGGCGGAGAUAAGAUAGUAUAUGGCCCAGCAGGGCGUCUAGUUCGCAAUGUACGAGCGACGGAGCCCCGCACCCCGCACACCACACGUGUUCACGCCAGUCCAGCACAAGAAAUCGUACAAAUGUUCCUAUGAGGCAGCCGACGACGUCGAGUUGACUAUCACGACUCUGUGGAAGAACGCGACGAUGCGCAUGACGCUCAACGCGGUCAAGAAAAGUUAGAGAGAGACCCAGGAUAUACAACAGAUUCGGACCAUCGGCUUCUGAAUCUGCUUUCCUGCUGUUGGAUAUGGCAAUCGGAAUGAGACAAUUUAAUAUUGACAGGGUGGAGCUAGUAGGUUCUACAACCGGAAGUGUCAUGUCUAUGACACAGUGCCCCCUGAUUUGAAACGGAUUUGGAAAGAUUGAAGAAAGGACGCAGCUGUUCGUCUAGUCUACUUCGAGUGUUGAUGCAUGGAACUCUGUAGGUCCCCGUGACAGUAUGAGUGACGGGCACUAGUGCGAGCGAGUGCGGAUUUUAUACCUUUGUUGAGUCGAGUGUAUUGGUUUAUUGUUUAGUAGAAGAAUUAAAACGUCCCAAAUUCAGACUGAUAACAAUUAUUUAGAAAUAGUUCCAGGGACUUGAAUGCGUGUUUUAUACGUGGUAGUGUAUACUAGUUAGAUUUAAAUAGAAUAAAAUAUAUAGUUAUGUUACUAUUUAAAUUUGUCAGUCGGAGAAGCGCAUAAUAUAUUAUUAAAAACUAUUUCUGUAAAUAUAGAUUGUAGUAUACAAAAUAAACGUUGUUUUAGACAGAAUUGUUUCUUGUAAAUGAAAUAUUGCUGUUUUAGUUUGCAUUUUAUAUUUAGGAUUAACCAGUAGAUUAAAUGCUGGGUGUGUAAUUAUGAGAAUUUUAAUUUAAUUUUUAUAAUGACUUGUUCAUAAUAAUGUAAUUAGCACUAAGUCCUACUCUCAGUGUUUACCAAGACUGCUUGUAUACAACUACUGUUUUAUACACACUACUGAUUUAGCGUGGUCUCGCUCGGUUCUUUAGUCACAACUUUGCAUUUUUAUUGCCAAUACUUCAUACACUUCAUGUUGUUACGUGUCUGUGUAUCACUUCUCCAUGUUCUGGUCUGUAGUGUAAGUAACCGUAGACAUAAUGUGUGUUUUGGUUACCCAUACGUCUCCCUUUUUCUAGAGGUGGGCGAUUAUGACUACAUAUUUUUCAAGAUAAUUUUUAAGAUCGUAGAACAAUUUUUUCAUCGCAUUGUAAAGAUUAUUAUUAGGUUUAUCUGAAACCAAAAGUGCUUUUAUAAAUAAUAUUCCCGCGAUUAUAACCAAUUAUGACUUUUUACGAAUCUACUAACAUCACAAACAGAAUCCAAAAUAAUGCUUAAGUGAAUUAUUUUUUAGUAUUUUUAUCUGAUCUUUUUGAUACGGCGAUAUAUCAAUAAAUUAAAAGAUUUUGAAAAAUAUUUAUCAUUUGAUCUCUUUACACAAUAAAGCUCAUGUUCGCCCAUCUCUACCAUCUCUACCGACGGAGGUUCUCUAGUGCGGGUGCUUCAAUUUAAUAUACUUACUUUGCUUCCUUUGAUGUGUUCAAACUUGUGCUCAAGAUGUCGUUAUUUUAUCGGUAAAAUACAUUAAAGAUCAUGCUACAUCAAACAUUUGAAACAUGUACAUUUUAACAUAACUUGGUAAUAAACUAACAUCACAUCAAAAAUUGUCAUUGCAUGUUGCAAAAGUUUUCAAAAUAAGUGUCUGUUUCCGUCAACUAAACCAUAUUAUUAUCUCUAUCACGAAUCACCACAUGGAAAAACAGUCCGCAACUAACAUACGUACACCUUUCUUAAAUAGUUUUGUAUCUUGAUACACGUUUUAAGAGUGUUAAAGCCAUUUGUACAAUAUUUCAUAUUCUAAGUCAUAAAUUCAAGCAAAUUAGCAUUCCUGUAAUUUGUAUACGCUCAUUAGCACCAUCGUGUUUCGCACAAUUUUCAUUUGUCGCAACCAUAACUAUGUCUGACUAACUAACCGUCAUUCUUUCCUUCAUUUAUCAUUUUUAUUAAUAUAAUCAUCAACAUCUAACUGUAUAUUUAUAAGUCAUCUUAAUAAACUUUUAAGAUAGAAAUUUUAAAAAACCUUACAGCAAUGUAGUGCGAAUCGGCUUUAGGAAAUGUUGAUCUUUAAUAUUUCUAAAGUGACACGAGUAAUCGUGAUGCUUUUGCAAAGUUAUUAUGGAACAUCAGAGGCUUCUUAUAUGUAUGUAUACAGACGACUGCACGUCAGUUUAUUACAACUAGGAUUAUGACCUCACAGUGCUAAACUACACGUUCCGUCGUCUCUGCAUUCCUAAAACGAAACAAAGUCAACUAUGAUCAAUAUUUUCUUUAGCGGAUUGCGCACUCCUGACAUAAUAUUAAGCGAUAAUAGACUUUCCGAUCUUAAUACUGUCAGUGAUCACUGCCUCGACUUUUUAAAGUUAUUUGCCGUUAUUGUUAUUAACACUUGUAUUAAUCGUUAAUUAUAAAUGAACAUAAUAAACGUUCCAUCAACGGUGAACAGUUACCACUAGUGUAGGGAGGCGAAGUAUGCCUUGUUAAAAUUAAGUAAUUACAACCAAAAAGUUCGUUUUAAGGACUUAGGUUCUAGUUAAUUAAACGGUGUAUGCCUUAGCAUUCGGAAACGAUGUCAACAUACAUCAUGAUAGAGAUAACCUGUGUGUUCGUUAGCAAACUUAAAUUUUAUUUAGUGAACAAUGAUUGUUCAAUUUAAAUCCUGUGUUUCUUCGCAUCCACGAUUUCUUUAAGUUAAAAUAAUUUCUGUAGGUACGUUGGGCACCCUCUGAUCUGCUCUUUUUAAGAAUAUUUCUUUGGACAAAAUAAACCAACACAAGUAUAUUGAUAGUUCAAGUCAGAGGCUAUUUAAACAUCUAAGUAGCAAAUCUAAAUAGGACAGUUGAUAUGUGACAACUCCCUGUACUCAUGAAACGGUGAUUAAGGGUUUUCUGAAGUACCUUACCGUCCUUGCAUAGGAUUUUAACAACUUUGAUAAAGGGGCUUGAUAAAUUAGAUAAUCCUGUUACGUCCGUUCCUCAUCGUGUUACCAUUAGUUAAGAGUUAGCGGUUAUGAAACAUGUUUUGUAAAUUGUAAUUAGUUUGGAUACAACCAGUUACGAUACUGCCAUCAAAUGCCUAAAUAGAUUUUCAAUUAAAUUUUGUUAUCUUUACGUAUAUUUAAUUUAAGUUAAAGUUGGUGAAAUUAUUAGUUAAUUGUGAUAGAAAAGUGUCGGUACGCGACACGCACCAAUCGGUCUCACCAUCGCGACGCGUCGCGACAAUUCGAUUACUAUAUUUAUUUAUUCAUUUUAUCUAACUUAAUUAUAAUUAAUUAGUUCAUAAAAACACCCUCAACACGGCGGUGUUAAAUCUAAAGUCUGAGGUAAAGAUGCCUUUAUAGAUUUUUAAACUUGUAAUGACGAGAUCGUAAAUAAAAUAACUAUAAUCGCGAAUCGUGCAUCGUUCUACUAAUGUAAAUGAUAAUGUAAGUAAUAUUGACACUUAUUUUGUUAGUAGCUUAGCGUUAAGGCGAAACUAACGGCAAUGUAUCAAAUGGGAGUUAGAUUAAGGAUGUUAUUGGCGUUGUACAAAGGAUAGUAUUGUUAGUAAAUAAACAAUGAAAUUGGCGCAUUACUGGCGAGUACCUAAUUAGACUAGUACUUGGAAAGCCCACAGAGGCUAUACAAUGAUAACGUGUAAAUAAAUUUUUACUUUCACGUGUAAGGUGGCCACUCGCUUUUCGUUGCUCUUCUAAAUUAUUUCGCUCGAUUACAUGAUAGGCUUCUUUUGCCUUUUAACCUUUAUUUAUACAACUUUUGUACUUUAUACAAACGAAAUUGACUGAUGUGGGGGAAUGGUAAUGAUUUUUCUAUGAUUUGCUUAGCUGGCUGUUUUGUUAAUGAGUAGCAAUCGUUAGGUCCCAGUGGGACUUGGCGAUGUCAACCGACUGCAUCCACCUGUACUUGUGCCUAUGUGAAAAAAGGAGGAAAACGCUGUUGAUAAUCUAAAUCUUUAUAAAAAUCAUUGAUCAAGUCUCAUUGUUAAUUUUACGCUACAUAACUCGUAAGAUCUCUACCCAUUUUAAUGAUAGUAAAGUUGUGUAUUUUUUCAUUCAUUCAUUUAUACAGUUUUUACUGUGGUUCACAUGAUGUACGCAAAUGUGAUUUUCCAAAAGUUCCUGUCCUGAAUCUAAAAAAAAUAAUGGGCACGAGUAUUGCUGCAGUCGGUCAGUAGGUUAUACUGCGGAAAUAUUUUGACUGAUAUUAGUAAUUAAACAUAAUAAUGUUAAUAUAUUACGUAUAAGUGUGUAACAAAAACUUAAUGCAUUUCACAGUUUCUUUACAGUCCAUAAGAGAAUAAUUAAUUACAACUAAGAUAUCGUGACGAAAUAUUUUCACAUUCAUAGCAUAAGGUUUGUUGUGUAUAAAAAUAGUGUUUCAUGUAUUUCGGGUAAAAGAGGGUUGAAAAUUGUGUACAUUAGACAUUGUAAUAAAUAGUUAUGAAAUAAACGUGUGUAAAGUCGUAAAAGAAUAUAUAUUUGGAAAUGUUGAAGAGUGUUUGUUGUAUGUAAUUACAUGUCACAGAUGGAUGUUGAACUCUAAAAGUACAUAAUAGAUUAUCUAUUCUGCAAGUUAUACUUCAUAUUUUAUUCUGACUACAGUAAUCCGUUUUUGUUUUUACACGAACAAACACGUUUCGCUUGUCAUAUUGAUUGGACCUCCAAAACAUUUUUGUCCUCACAUUUUAUAGUUACGAAAGUUUAUAUACGCUGUUUUCCUACUGCGCCGCCCAAAGAGCAUUCGAACAAUGGAGAAAAAUUGCAGUAGCGCAAAAUAUCGUAUGUAAGCUGUAUAAAUCAGCCACAACAUUAGUGUCACAUGUACCAGAUAGACGCACUUAGCGACGACAACGAGUUCUGAGUGGUUGAGUGUAUUUCACUUAUUUAGUUGGGUUCGCUCAAUAUGAAGACUUAUCGCUUUCAGACCUAGCAUACUUUUAAGUAUUAUCGAUACCUUAGGGCUCUAUGUUUACAUAUGUAGCAAAUCACAUUAGUUGAUUGCAGUACUGUUCUCGAUGGAUAAAAGGCUGUUAUAAUUCGACCAAGUAAGGUGUACAGACUGCAAGUACAUGGUUCUUGACUCGUUUGAGUGGUGCGCCGGGUUAGUCAAUCGAAUGUGUACGGUUUGCCAAGAGAAGUUACCUACAGUUGUGUUUAGUUAGCGAUGCAUAACGUGUUUGUACUUUAAUUUGUUUUUUAGUUGUACUCUUGGAAAUCAAUGGUUAAUAAUUUAAGAAAAUAAAAUGUAUGUGAAAAAAAAA